UGACAGUUGACGGGUAGACGUCAAUUUAACCGUUAUUAUAUACCAAUUUAUUAUCAAUUUCACGCGGGAAAGUGCCCAUAGCAAUGGCGGACUGCGUCACGCUGUUCGACGGGGAUGCCCGGGACCACCAAGGCAGGGUGCCUUCGUGUGACGAGGAAGAGUCCAUGGACCUGGGGGGCGUCGUCGUGACGCCCGGCGUCAUGGUGUUUCGCGACGCUUACGACGGGAAAAGCUUCGAUAGAGUGUUAACGGUCAGGAACGCGAGGAAGAGGGCCGUUUUCGUCAGACUGUUUCCGCCUACGUCCAAGGCGUUUAAAAUGAAACCGCUGCUCUGUGCCAAACGUCUCCCGUGCGGUUUGAGCAUCACUCGCAAUGUGCGGUACCUCCACACCACUGCAACGACGGUGCUCCAGACCUCCAUGUCGAUCUACGUCGACAACCUACGUGUCAAUUACGAGCUGCUCGUUGUGCGGUGCUACGCGCGGCUUUGCCUAGAACCGAGGGUGUUGGACUUCGGCGAGAUCGAUGUCGGUCACGUGUCCGAAGCGAAAACCCUACGCUUGACGAACCGAGGUACGAAGAAUGCCCAAUUUUCGAUCGACCUGGGCAGAAACGAAUCGGAAUUGAGCGUACGACCUUUGAAGGGGACGGUUCAGCCCCUGGAAACGAAGGCGAUAACGGUCGAGGUGUUGGGCACCAGCCGGGGAUAUUUCGCGCAGGAGUUCUGGAUCAAGGGGGAACCGCUCCAUCGGGUCAAAGUGCAAGGCAGCUUCGUCGAGCCGAAACUCGCGCUCGACUUUCCCGCCACAGACCCCAGUUUCCUCAUUUUGGCUUUUCCGAGGUCGUACGCGGGGACACGGCAACGUCGCAGCAUCGUGUUCGCCAAUCGGAGCUCGACGCGCGCAUCGUUUUGCGUCGUCGCCAUCACAAGAGACGAGACGAUCGCCUUUUCCGAUGCGCGACGCAAAUACGAAGAGUUCCGCGCAUUCGACGCGUUUCCGACGCAAGGCAGGCUCCAUCCGCGCCAGUGGUCCCUCGUCGAGUUUACGUACGAACCGCCGCGGCGUGCGAAGAACCCUCCCAAUUACCACAUCUGCCUCGUCCGCAUCGACGUCGUAAAAUGCUCGGUGGGUCACGCACCCGACACCAAAAGUGAACACGUCCUCGAUCAGAUCACGUCCGUCGCGUCCCCUCUAUUGGAUGUUCCGUCGCAGAUGGACUUCAACGGACGAUACCGUACGGACGAGGUCGUUCUAAUCGACGACUCCAUAAGGGUGUGCCUCUACGGCGAAGUCGAGCCGCUUCUAGUGCGAGUGACGCCUGACGAAGUCGACUUGCGAGACUCGAAGGUUAACGAGACGCGUGUGGUCGCCGUGACCGUCGCGAACGACUCCAAACGCCUGGCGGUGCGUUGCGGCUACGUGAAACGCGCAUGCGUCGAGGCCUUUCCGAGGGAUUUCGACGUAGGCGCCGGCGCCGCCGUCGAAGUCGCGCUACGCGUGACGCCGACCAAAAUGGGCGACGAGAGCGUCACCGUCGCGUUCGACGUGCGCUGCGUCGCGGAUGAGCGCCGCGUCAAGCUGAAAUCUGUCCAUUGUCGGAUCAAGUACCGAGGGACGUACAGUCCCGCAGCGAAAACGCCGUCGUUUUUGCCCGGGAUCACGCCGCUAGUCGCUCACGAGGUCGGCUAUCUGGUGGACGAAGUGACGUUCGAUAGCGACGUCGCAAAACCGCGCCAGGCCGUCGUCGACAAGGGCUUUCGGAAGACAGACAACGCCCUUGUGGCGUUCCCCAACGAUAGGCCGCGGAGCCUGCGCCCUUGGAGGUCGACGAAACCGUGCCGCACAAUAUUCGCUAAUCUGCCUCGCUGCGUCGCGACGUUCGACGAACGUUACGACCUCGAGCCCGACCACGCCGACGUCAAACGAUCGAACGACGCUUAUUACGAUCGCUACAUCAAAGAGCUGUCGGCUGCGCGCAGGAGGGUGACAGCUUCGAAAAAUCAACCGCAAGAAGACUACGAGACGACCGACAUCGCCCCCUGGCUGACUCAACCUCCGCCGAAUUGGCCGUCGGCGCGUCGCGACGCCGCGAUCGAGAAACCGACGCCGACGUCGCUGAACGCGUACGAGCUCCGCAACAUCGUAGUGUCGCCGCGGUUCAUCGAUUUGGGGAAGCUGGCUCUCGGCUACGCCCGUUCGGCCAGCCUGACCGUCCGAAACGGCAACGAUUUCCCGGUGCGCGUCUCCCUCAAGGCGAUGUACUCGACGCUGACGUUCCCGCGCGAAAGUUUCGCCGUCGCGGCUCACGCGUCCGUCGACGUGACUUUCGCUUACCGAUCUCACUCGAUGGGCAAACGCCACGUGCCGCUCUAUGUCGUCGUCAAUCUGUUCCACGUGUUCGAGGCGACCGUGCUCGCGCAAGUCAUCGCCAGCACCGUCAAGUGCGUCACUAAAGAGAUCUUCAUCGAUCCGACCGAGAAAGUCGCGUUCCUCGAACUCCGCAACCCGCUCAACAGCAACGUCCGUUUCGCCGUCGACACCAAGUACUUCCACCUGAAGGCGUUCCCUUCUGAGGGGACGAUCCCGUCGCGGGCCAACAUGGUGUGCACGGUGACGUUUCGACCCGGUAUCGGAUACCUGCCCCUCAAGGAGAUCACUGUCAUCUCGGAGAGCGGCGCCAAGGAGCUGGUGGAGGUGUACUUUGGCUACGAAAAGGCGCCGAUCGGGCUCAGCGUCGAAGAGAUCGCGUUCGAGCACGUGCCGAUCAACGUGACCGUCGUCAGGGAGUUCGUCGUGAGGAACGACGGCAACCUGCUGAUACAGUUUAGCGUGGAAGAGGAGGGGCUGAUGCCGGAGCUGACGGUCAGCCCGACGAAGGCGCUCGUCAACCCCAAGGGCGAAAUCAUUGUCGCGGUCGCCGCGUUGUUCCGCUACGCGGCUGAGUUCUGUUGCCCGCUGAAGAUGGUUUUUCAGCACGAGUACUCGGCGACCGUCCGCGUGUCCGGCAACGUCGUCUGUCCGGAGGUCGCGUUCGAGCCGCAGAUGAUCAAGAUGGAGAAGAUACCGGCGGGGGCGGUCGCCUCGUACCCGUUCAAGAUGACGAACCGUUCGGCGGUUAGGACGACGGUAACUUUCCCGUUGGACGAUCUGGAGGCGUUCGCUGUGCACAGCCGGACCGGCGAGCCCCUGGACGCGCCCGUCGAACUCGAACCGGACGAGUCGAGGACCCUGAGCGUCGUGUUCAAACCGAUGGAGCCGGCCGCAUUCUGCGUCUACCUGCCCUACGUGCUGAACGGUCUGAUCGGGCCGCCGGAGUUGAACCGGCCGGAGUCGCUGCUCGCCAAGACGCAUUUUCGCUCGACGAUGACGACGACGGACAGGUUCUCGAAGGCGUCGGCGCCGGAAAGGAUAGGCACCUUGAAGAUUCUAUGCGCGGCGUCGUCGCCAUGGCUCGUUUUUAACGCGCUAGACGUGUCGUUCGGGCCGGGCGACGUGCCCCGCGUCUUCGAGAUGGUCAACGUCGCCGAACGGCGUCUCCAGGUGUCUCUCGAUGCUGGCGCCCUGAGAGACUUCACGAUCGAAGCGUCGCCGUCGCCGUUUGCCUUGGACCCGGACGACCGAGCCUCGGUGACUGUAACGUACGUACCACGCGACUUCGGCGACGCGACCGAGAGACUCGCGAUAUUCGUCGGAGACGACUUGACUUCCUUGAACUACUUGACGCUGCGGGGACGCAACCCGCGACCCGCGCUCUUGUGCGACGUCGCCGCCGUUUACCUGCCGGCGAUUGCGAACGACGCGACGGCGGAGACGACGGUCGUCGUCGGUUUCGACCCGCACCUUGGUUGCGAGCGGGUGACGUGCGAGUCGGGCGACUCGUGUUUGCGAGUGACAAGCGAGCGAAACGACGCGCGUCGCUACAGGAUCACGUUCGAGCCGCGGGGCGUCGAUCGCAGGAUCGAAUCGCACGUGAAGUUCUCCUGUGGAUGUUGGACUACUUGCGUCGUCGUCAACGCCUGCUCGGACAGCUGCACGCUGAUCAAUUUCGCGUCGUCGCUGGACGCAGCAUCGACGACCACGUAUCCGUAUUUCCCGGAAAAGGACGACGCGUCUUUCUAUGCGCGACGCAUGACGUCGGUCGUGCCGGUGAUCGAACGGUGGCUCUACAGUCAGGGGUUCUUUUGCCGGAAUUAUUGCCGGGUGCCGGAGGACAUCGCGCGAUUUCCGGUCCGGACCGGCGGCGGAAAGAGGGACGCCAAGGCGAGACCGCCGCCGCGACUGCCUCUCGUCCAGCUGCUCGUCAACCUGAUGGAUGCUUCGAUCUUGAAGUAUAUCGAUUCCGGUUCGACGCCAGGCGAAUCGCUCGACGACCUGGUGCUGCACAACUACACCACUUAUCGCGACACGAUAUCGUUCCUGAAGAGCCAGAAGGUUUGGGUGCCGGGCCUCAGACCGGAACAUCUGUUACCGUACAGCGAAUACCGCCACUUUCGAACCUCCUUCGUCGACAAGGAACGACCUUCGUCACCGGAACCCGAGCUUUCUGAAGGCGAUUUCUACCUGUUCAGCAAACAGAAAUGGAUCGAACUGUUUUUCCACCUCUACAAGACGCUCGUGCUGGAACGGGCGGUUGAGUUGCGGGCGACGCCAUCUUGCGUCGACUUCGCGGCGUAUCGCGAACGUGAGGCAAACAGGUUUCGCGACUCGCACCCCUGCGAAACGACGCUCCUGCUGUGGCUCGAGUAUCACUACGAGCGCGAGAAACGCACCUUGUGGGGCGCCGCGGCGCCGGACACACCGCGUCGGCUCCACGCGUUUCGCGAAGCGUACGACAGCGGCCCUUUAGCCACCGUCACGAUAGCGUACUGCCCGUACCUGGCCGAUCGCCUGGGCGACCUCUACGUCGCGCCGAAGAACGAGGCGGAACUGACGCACAACGCGUGUCGCGUCGUCCAAGCGUGGAAAUCACUGAACCUGUCGUUCGACAUUCACCCCAGCGCCAUCGUCAAGGCGUACGCGGUCAAGAUCCUGCUGAUCGUCACGUAUCUUUACGACGUUCUGCCCUCGUUUCAUCCGGAGCAAACGGUCACGAUCGAAGCGCCGCUGUCCGGGCGCGGUUUCCACGAUUUGCAGCUGCGCAACUGCGGCGACGCUACCGUCCAGUAUAGAGCGAUAUUCUUCGGGAACGGCGCCGGGAGAUUCGGCGUCGACAACGUCGAGAUUCAGAUCGUACGGAGGGGUCGGAAGCGUGUCCGGGUGACGUACGCGGCGACGGAGAUGUUGCCCGUGCGCGCGACGCUCGUACUAUCUGGCGAGUCGUCCGGUUACAGGUACGCGAAAAGUACCGCGUUCGUAAUCGUCGGAGUGCCGAGCGUCGCGAACUGUCAGGAGAUCAACCUGGUGGCGGACGUCUACAGAGCUACUGCGAGGAACCUCCAGGUGGUGAGCCCUUACGUGGGCGUCGAGUAUGUCGCCGACGUGCGCGAGUGUCACGGCGCUCCGUCGACGCCAUCCGAUCUUCGUUCCGUGCGCGAAAUCAACGCGAGUAACCUCCCCAGAGAGGUGAAUGUGGUGCACGACAGUUGCGAGUUUGGCGCGAAAAAAUCCUCCGGGAGUGUGCGACUGCGCUUGUGUUUCCUGUCACCUGGCCGCUUCUCGUUUUACCUGUUUUUCUGUUGUCGUGGCGUAGGCGACUUCUGUGUUGUCGUGAACGUCACGGCGCAAAUCGAUGCGCGCACCCACUGCGAGACAGUGCCGGUCGCUGCUCCGCAGCUAAACACCUGCGUCUGCGACGCCGCCAUUAGCGCGCGCUGUCCCAGGAGUUUGAGGGUCGCCGUGCCCAGCAGGAACAACCUAUUAGCGGGCGGGCUGCGUUCGUUACUUAGGAUGUGCCUGCCCGAGAAGUACCGCACGUUUUGGGACAAACACGCCGACACCCCGCUACUGUUCCGCAUCCUCAAGUUUUACGUCAACCUAUUCCCCGACAGCUUGCUGAUGUCUUCGUCGAUAUUCUCGGACAGCGGCGUGUACGUGGUCGCUCCGGAUCCACAUUUCACGUCGCAAAAUGCCACGUUGGAAGUCAAGGAUGUCACCUCGGAGGAUACAAUGGAUUUGGUGAUACACUGGGAAGCCGAACUGCCCCUUGUAGAGCAGAUUUUGGAAUUGCGCAACACGAACAACAAGGAAGUCCGAUACUACAAACUCGUCGUGACUCAAUGAAGCUUUCCUGACCAAUAAAUCGA